AUGAAGCGACCCGAUGAAGCUGGAAAAUAUGAUGACCCAAAUUAUUGCAAGUAUCAUAGACUUGUGAGUCAUCCUCUUGAAAAAUGUUUUGUCUUUAAGGAUAGAGUGAUGCGAUUGGCUAACGAAAAUAAAAUUAUCCUUGAUGAUGAGAAGGCUAGUUCUAACCAUACCUCUAUCACGUUUGGGUCACUGGAUGCGAUCCAAAUAUAUAUCUUUGAAAAGCAUGAAGAAGAGCCAGUAGACCAGGACGUUGACAUAGAUGGUGAUGAGGGUUGGAUUCUUGUAACUAGGCGAAGACGCAACAAGUCAAGCUUACGAAAAGAAUUAUCCGAGCAACCGGUUAGAGGAAAAAUGGUGAAGAAAUCAGAGAAGCAAAAAUCAAUCAAGCGCCCCAAAAGGGCAAAGGUUGAAGUGCAUCACUACCAAAAACCUCGACGUCUUGUGACUCUAGAGGAAUUCUUGCCAAGCUCGUUCGACACAAAGUCUACUCAAGGCAAUGUCGAGGCAUCAUGUUUCAAUGUGGAUAAAGGACAAACAAUGAAGGUGCCUCCUACUGUAAAAGAAGGAACAACGAGUGAAUCCUCACCAAAAGUGUCUCCUGGGGAAGAAGAAAAAGAAACAAGGGAAAUCUCAGAAAUGAUGUCUCUUUCAUCUUCUGAAAAAUCUAUUGAACUUUCUUCCCAAGAAGCACAUGUCUGUGAUACUAAAAUCACAUUUACAGAUAACGAUCUUCUAUUUGGUGAAGCACUACACAAUCGUCCUUUGUAUAUGGUGGGUCAUGUGCUAGAAAAGAAGAUAAAUAGAAUUUUUAUAGAUGAAGGAUCUGGAGUCAACAUUUUGCCUAUCCACACAUUGAAGGAACUUGGCAUCACGACUGGGGAACUUAGUGAAAGUCUUCUGUUGAUACAAGGAUUUAAUCAAGGCGGGCAGAGGUCCAUAGGCUCUAUUAAAUUAGAUAUCCACAUGGGAGAUUUGCGAUCAAGUGCAUGGAUGCAUGUGAUUGACGCAAAGACAUCAUACAAUAUAUUACUUGGUAGGCCUUGGGUACAUGAGAAUAGAAUUGUCUCAUCUUCUUACUAUCAAUGUUUGAAAUAUCUUGAAGGCGGAAUUGAAAGAAAGAUAGUUGCAGAUGAUAAUCCUUUCACCGAAGUGGAGACACACUUUGCGGAUGCGAAAUUCUAUAUGAGAAUUAUUGAAAAGGUUAAAAUUGACACUAAAGACUCUUGUCCCAUUCAUAAUGAAGGGAAGAUCCUGUCUUCAGAGAAUAAGCAGACUUCUAGGCUUUGCUAUGUUCCAAAAGCGAAGAAAGAACAAGAUAAACCAUCUAACCUUGAAGAAAAUGCAUUAAGAGGACUAGAUCUUCCUAUCAGACGGAUUGAUGCAAUAAACUUGUCUUCAAAGUUGCCAGAGAAGUCAGUCGCUCAAGAUCAAGCAGGAUACAACCCUAGAGAGCCAUCAGCGCUAGGGAAACUCCAAUCAGAAGAUACAACUAGGAAAGCACGUGAAGGCCUAGGUUAUAGCCAACCGCCGCCAAUUCGCAUUUCCAUAAGAAGGGCCGGUAAUAAUCAUAUAACUUUUGAAGAUGAUGUCACUGCUCCCAAUAAAAAUCAUUCUGUCUUUGAUCGACUUGGUGAAGCGACGACAAGAAUUUCUAUGUUUAAGAGGUUAGGGCCUCUGAAGAAGAAUAACAAGAACCUUAGAAGUUAUUUAAAAGUUACAACGCCUGCUUCACAUUUGAUUCGAAAGGAUUUCAGAAGUUUGAUUCCUUAUAGGAUGAGGCGACAAGUGGAACUUGUGGUUUCCUGUAAAGAGGAACUCAAGGCAAAGGUUCAUACUGUGGUUUACACCAAAGAGCGCGAGGAAGAUGAAGAAAGUGUGGGUUCCUCAAAUCAUGUUACAAUAAAAAAUGAGUACGAUUCUUUACCUCAAAAAAAGAUUGAGGAAGGGGUAAAAGAUAUUGUCUCGUGUGGCCAUAUAUCGGUCAAUGACAAUGAUCCUGUGGAAGUGGAAGAUGCUAAAGAUGCUCCACCAGAACUUGAAGAAGGAGUAAAGAUCACAAUAGAUCCUUUGAAGGAAGUUAACCUUGGCACUGAUGAAGAUUUGAAGCCAAUUUACUUGAGUGCGUUUCUAGAAAUUGAUGAAGAAGUCGCUUACGUGAAUAUACUCAAAGAAUAUAGAGAUGUAUUCGCUUGGAGAUACAAAGAAAUGCCUGGAUUGAAUCCUAGAGUAGCGGUCCAUCAAUUGGCAGUCAAAAAUGGUUCUCGUAAAUUUAAACAAGCUCAAAGACGUUUUAGACCAGACUUGAUUCCGUUGAUAGAAAAUGAAGUUCACAAACUCAUUGAGGCAGGCUUUAUUCGUGAGGUCAAAUAUCCUACAUGGAUUUCAAAGUUGAUGAUUGAUGCCACCACUGGUUAUGAGGCAAUGUCGUUCAUGGAUGGUUCUUCUGGAUAUAAUCAAAUCCGCAUGUCACCAAAAGAUGAAGAACUCACUGCAUUUCGCACGUCAAAAGGUAUUUAUUGCUACAAAGUGAUGCCAUUUGGUUUAAAGAAUGCUGGCGCCACAUAUCAAAGGGCUAUGCAAAAUAUCUUUGACGACUUGCUCCAUAAAAAUGUUGAAUGUUAUGUUGAUGAUUUGGUAGUAAAGUCGAGGAAGAGGGGUGAUCAUUUGAAAGACUUAAGGAUGGUGUUUGAGUUACUCCGAAGAUAUCAACUAAGGAUGAAUCCAUUGAAAUGUGCCUUCGGAGUUACUUCCGGCAAGUUCCUUGGCUUUAUUGUGAGACAUCGAGGAAUUGAAAUUGAUGAAGCCAAAGUCGAUGCAAUAUCAAAGAUGCCUGAACCUCGAGAUAUUCAUGAGUUAAAAAGUCUCCAGGGAAAGUUAGCCUACUUGAGAAGGUUCAUCUCAAAUCUAGCGGGGAGAUGUCAACCAUUCAGUCAUCUCAUGAAGAAAGGUGCUACUUUUAAUUGGGACCAAACAUGUAGCGAAGCCUUUAAAAGUAUCAAAUCGUAUCUAGCAAAACCUCCGGUUUUGGCAGCCUCUAUACCUGGAAAACCAUUGAUACUCUACAUUGCAGCACAAGAAAGGUCUGUAGGAGCCCUGUUAGCUCAAUAG